AUGGACGGGUAUUCCAUUCUCGAGCGCCUUGACGCGUUUUUUAGUGAAGGGGAAAAUACAGAUGCGAUUGGCAAUUUUUUAUCAGAGGAGCAGGGUGUCAUGCAGCUGUUGGGCCAACCCACUGACUCACAAGAGGCGUUGGAGUUUUAUUCCUUGUUUAAGAGGUACGCCGUGGUUGUGGAUAAAUUGCUUAACGCAUUUAUUGAGCGAGAAUCCAAAUUAGGAUGCGUCAUCGACUUGGAGCAAUUGGCUGCUGCAGUCAUGAAUGAGUGGCAUCAAGAGCAAGAUUUCUGUCGAUAUGUUUGCACGGCAUAUAUUGCUGGUGCGUUGGACUUUGACUCCUUCAAGCAACUUGUGGCUGAUGUCAAUGCGAUAACCGCCUACCCCUUCGGGGAUGAGUCUUCAGGUGCCGACAGCGUGACUGAGACAAACACACAGGAAGAGGAAAUAUGA